AUGUCAGGUGCAGCCACCAAGGCCAAGAAGAUAUCCAAGAAGAGCAUCUAUCGCCGGGCGAAGAAGAAGCAACAGCGCGCUGUGAGUAGUACCGUCACCGUCGAGCCAGCAUAUGACAAGAUACUAAUACAGGGCCAGGAGACACCUUCUCAGGCUGGAGAGUCUGCGCGUGAGAGCAAAUCUCCAGCUCCCGAAAGCGACUCGAUCAAUGAAGCACAGGCGGUGAAGUCCCCGGAUCUCGUCGUCGUCGAUGACAUCUCCAAUCAAUAUGAUCUCGACGAUCCAACUUUUGAGAUGUACAAGAGUGUCUUUGAAAAAUUCAGGGAGCCUACAGAAGAGGAGGCGGCUACCAAAGACGAGGAAAAGGCAGAAAUCAUCUAUUCAGAUGACGACAUCCCAGACGAAGAAGACGAUAGCAAGCCUAAGCUGUCAAAGAAGCAAAGGAAGCAGAUGAACAAGCUGUCGGUGGCGCAAUUGAAAUCGCUAGUUCAAAAGCCCGAGCUCGUCGAAUGGACAGACGUGUCCUCGUCGGACCCGCAGCUACUCCUCUCUCUUAAGGCCGCAAAAAACGUCAUCCCAGUGCCUGCACACUGGUCUCUCAAACGCGAGUAUCUCUCUUCAAAGCGUGGAAUAGAGAAGCCGCCUUUCGCCCUGCCCAAGUUUAUUCAAGAGACUGGUAUUGCAGAGAUGAGAGACGCCGUGCUGGAGAAGCAGGCCGAGAUGACGAUGAGGCAGAAGCAACGUGAGCGUGUACAGGGAAAACUUGGCAAGCUCGAUAUUGAUUACGCCAAACUAUACGAUGCUUUUUUCCGACGGCAGACUAAGCCAGAGUUGACUCGCUAUGGUGAAGUUUACUUCGAAGGCAAGGAAUUCGAGACGAACCUCUUGAACCUUAAGCCUGGUGAAUUGAGCGAAGAGCUGAGAGAAGCACUGGGUAUGGCGCCUGGUCACCCACCACCAUGGCUCAUCAACAUGCAGCGUUUUGGUCCACCAACCUCAUAUCCAAACAUGCGCAUACCUGGUGUCAAUGCUCCCAUUCCUCCAGGCGCUUCCUGGGGAUUCCAGCCCGGUCAAUGGGGUAAACCGCCCACAGACGAUGCAGGCAAGCCGCUGUUUGGUGGAGAUCUAUUUGGCACGAGCAUCCUUGAAGAGCAGCAACAACCUACACACGUCGGAGAACCUGUCGAGCGUAGCAUUUGGGGUGCCUUACGAGCCGAGGGCGAGAGUGAAGACGAAGAGAGUGAUGAAGAGGAAGAAGAGGAUGAUGAUGAGGAAGGAGGCGACGAGGAAGACGCAACGGGCAUCCAGACAUCCAUGACUUCGGCUUCAGCUAUGCCCUCCGAGAUUGGUGGUAUAGAAAGCAUAGGAGGGGAAUUCACUGUUCGGAAACAGCGCAAGGGUAUCGAGACAGAAGAGCCAGGUGCGCCUCGGAGUGCCUUCACAGUACUCCCGGAAAAGAAUAUAUCCGCUACUGGUUUCUUUGGUGGUGAGCAUGCUUAUGAUCUCGAUGCCGCCAAGCGUGACACACUCGGUCAAGCGCACAGGAAACGCAAGGCUGGCGACGUUGAUAUCUCUGUGGAUGUGGAUCAGUUAGCGGACAGUGAUAAGCUUGACAAGGAUGCGUUGAAGAGAGAGUAUGAGGCACGACAACGUGCUGAAGCACAGGGACAAUGGCAGAGCAUUGACCAGGACGACCUGGCAGAUAUGAUUGCAAAUGAGAGUAGGAAGAACGAGGGCAGGAAGAGACAAAAGAAAGAAGAAGAGCGAAAGCCACGGCGUUGA